GAACAGUGGUGAACGGAGCUAACUGGUUGGACUUUUCAGUGUUGCUCCUCAUCUAAAGUUACCUACUUGUGGCACUUCUUGAUCCUUGGUUGAAGUUAGUUCUGUGAAAGAACAUUGGUGUCGUUUGUGAGCUCCAUUUCUGGCCUGUUCUUCCAAACCAAGGCAGAUCGUGCUUUCAGGCCACCUACUCCAGACACCAGCUAGUUUCGCUGUGUGUAUCUGAACUUCACUUCAGCUUAUUUUUCUCCUCUAUCCCUUUCCUGAACGAAGCAAACCCGAAAUUAUCCUUGCUAUUGUGCAAAGUGGACAAUGUCGUCGCAGAAUAGGGCCCCGUCGUCCAGUGCUCCUGGCAAAGGUGUAGCAGGUGCCGGUGGACCGUCCAGCGGUCAUUCAGUCACGAAAAGGCUCCAGCAAGAGCUAAAAACUCUAAUGACUUCCAAGAAUCCAGGCAUCUCGGCGUUUCCCAAUGGCGACAAUCUUUUCGAAUGGAUCGGCACGAUAUCAGGAGCAUCAGGAACGCCAUAUGAAGGUCUCAAAUACAAGCUAUCUCUCCAGUUCCCGCCCAACUAUCCCUUCUCGGCACCAACAGUAAAAUUUGAAACGGCAUGUUUCCAUCCCAAUGUUGACCAGUACGGCAACAUCUGUCUGGACAUUCUGAAGGACAAGUGGUCAGCGCUGUACGACACAAGAACGAUAUUGCUAUCAUUACAGAGUCUGCUGGGAGAGCCCAAUAACAACAGUCCGCUCAAUCCACAAGCUGCAGCGCUCUGGUCGCAGAAAGAAGCAUUCCGGCAAGCGGUUCAAGAAAAGUAUGCAGCCGCCAAGGGGAAGUAGUCUCCCAUUGAAAUUCAACCUUGACCUUGAACUAGUGCUAGCUUAGUGUCGGCACCCGACUCAUCACAGAUCACUAUAGUUCUAGCGCGCUGGCUGGAGAGAACAUGCUGCCAUGCACCGUCAUGAUCAGCUCUUGAUGUGGCCAGCACUGUACCCAUAGUUUCAGCACCCGCCAUGGCAAUAGCUUUCAGCGGCGCUCUGGCUCAUCACUGCAUGCUACCUUGAUAUCGCCACUGACUUUGUUCAUGUGAGGGGGGGGGGUAGUAGUACUUGUGUGUGUGUGUGUGUGUGUGUGUGUGUGUGUGUGUGUGUGUGUGUGUGUGUGUGUGUGUGUGUGUGUGCGGUGUGCGCGGUGUGCGCGGAUGCAGUCAUUGCUGGCACCUUCGCCGGUGCCUGUGGUAUGGAGAACGCCUGUCCGUGCAAUGUCAUUCUUUUCAUUGACUGCUCACCUACUCCCAGGGGCCCUGCCCUCCCUUGGGACCUGUUUCUUACUGCCAAGUGCAACUGACCUGGUGGUUUGAUCUUGCGGUGUGCUAAAGCCUCGUGCAGUGCGACGAUUGUUUAGUUUCUAUUUGAAUAUGGCCUGGCCAUCAUAGAUUUUCUGUACUGGUACUCAACGAUAGCAAAGAGAAGGAUUUUGAAUUAUUUUUCUUCUUCUGUAUGUGUCGCGGCCGUUUUGUUUUAUUCAUUGCAGAUCUGUGAGCGUAUGACGGUAUGCGUUAGCCUGGGUUUUCGUUCUUCUUCUUUUGAUUUCAUAGUGAUUGAUUUGGAAUGGCACGGGCCGUUUUGUUUUUUUGUUUUAUUAAGUUUACAUACUUCGGUAUCACUACGUUAUGUGGGCCUAGCACUUUCAGUCGUUGUCAGCUGAGUUGACAUGAUCUUCGUUUCGUUUGUGAAAUUGUUGUUGACAGUUG